GACCUCUCUGUGCUUUACAAUGCUUCCCUAUGCUUUACCAGACCUCUCUGUGCUUUACAAUGCUUCCCUAUGCUUUACCAGACCUCUCUGUGCUUUACAAUGCUUCCCUAUGCUUUACCAGACCUCUCUGUGCUUUACAAUGCUUCCCAAUGCUUUACCAGACCUCUCUGUGCUUUACAAUGCUUCCCUAUGCUUUACCAGACCUCUCUGUGCUUUACAAUGCUUCCCUAUGCUUUACCAGACCUCUCUGUGCUUUACAAUGCUUCCCUGUGCUUUACCAGACCUCUCUGUGCUUUACAAUGCUUCCCUGUGCUUUCCCAUGGGGGUGUGUGUGUGUUUUUCAGGUAUGUUUCCUGUGCCUCUAAUGAAGAGGAGCACAACCUCACAGUGUUUCAGCUCCGCGGUCGGAUUUAUUACCGGGUCUCUCAGCCCAUCGAGGUGGGGAGUGAGCUGCUGGUGUGGAUCGGAGAGGAAUACGCUCGCAUACUGGGGCUCAACCUGGGCCAGCAUUUCAAAUACGAAUUCGGUGAGAAGGAGCUGCUGAUGAAACUCUUUCAAGACCUGCAAGUGAAGCCCCUCCCCCUUCCCCCUCCCCCUCUCGCCGCCGCCCCCAAAACCCAGCCCCCCCCCAGCAGCCCCCCCGACCACACCCCCAACCAGUACAGCAAAAUGGUUUCCACCAUCAUCCAAGCGCAGAAAGCCAGCUACCAAACCGGCAACGCCACUGAGGUCAACGCAACAGGGGGCAACGCGGGGUACCCCUUUUUAGAAGGCACCCAGAAUUUGGUCAGCCUGGGUCGAGCCCAGAGCCGGUACUGGACCUUUUUCGGGUUUCGGGGCGACUCGUACGGGCGGAUCAUGGACAAAACGAAGAUCAUCUGCAAGUUGUGUGCGGUCCUGCUGUCUUACAGCGGGAACACCACCAAUCUGCGACAGCAUCUGAUCUACAAGCACCGGGCUGAGUAUAACCAGCUCGUGGGGGCCCAAUCUGCCUUGCCCCCCCCUCCCAAAAAGCCCUCGGACCCCCCUCUCCCGCCCCCGGCCUCCGUCCCGAACGGGACGCCUCCCAAACCCGCGGGCUUGAACCGUGUGACCCGAGCAGUGGCAGAGUUUCUGGUGCGGGACCUCCUGCCUCCGGAGACGGUCCAAGGGGAGGGUUUCCUGCUGAUGAUGUCAGCGCUGGACCCCGCCUACCAGGUCCCCCGACCCCGCGGUCUCCUGCGAGAGGCGCACUCGCGCGCCCGCCUGGGGCAGCUCCGCGAUCUGGAGGCGGGUUCCGCGGGGGGGUGCGCCCUGAGCUUGGAUUUCUGGGAGCACCGAGAGGGCGGUUCUUACCUGACCCUGCUGGCUCACUUCGUGGACGACUCCUUCCGCUUCCACAACCUGGUCCUGUGCUCGCGCCCGUCCGGCCGCGGGGCCCGGCUCAGGGAGAGGGCCGGGGAGUGGGGGGUGGGGAGCCCCAGUUUCGUGGUGCACGGUUCUGGUGUGAGAGUCGCCCCGUUGUCGGUGUUGCCUGUCGGGUGGCGUGGGGUGCCCUGUGCGGGGCAGGUGUUCAGGGGGUGCGUGGAGGGGGUCCUGGCCCGGGAGGACGUCUCCAGGGCGAUGAGGAGGGCGAGGGUCAUGGCUCAGCGGCUGCUCUCGUCUCCCGUCGAAGCCGCGCGGUUCAGAGGGAGGGAGCCUUUCCUGAGGGGGAAGCUGAGGUCUCUCUCUCUCGAGGGCGCUCAGUGGCACAGCAUACAGGCUCUCGCUCAGUGCCUCUCGGAGCACCGGCUCCUGCUGUCCAGCCUGAGGGAGGUAGGGGGCGCCGGCGAGCAGCAGCAGAAGGAAGAGGAGGAGGAGGAGGAGGAGGAGGAGGGCUGUGGCUUGGAUUCCCAGGACUGGGACCUCCUGCGUGACCUGGGGGACGUCCUGAAGCCCCUGGCGGUCGCUUCGGCCACACUGGCAGCUGACCGCUUCUCCAGCCUGUCCCUGGUCAAGCCUCUGCUGACCAGCCUGGUCUACAAACACCUGGCCCCGGCCGACUCGGACUCCCAGUUCACCUCGGAGGUGAAAGCCUCUCUCCGGGAGGGGCUGGCCGGCUCCUACAGCGACCCCCAGGUCAACCAGACCCUGAACCUGGCCUGCGCCCUCGACCCCAGGUUCAGGGGGCUGGAUUUCCUCAGCCAGGCGGACCGAGUGGAGACCUUUCACCUCCUGAAGAGAGAGGCGUCCCAGCUGGCAGAGGGUCCGGACAGCGCAGCCCUGUCCUGCCCGAAGGAACGAGACGGGGGAGGAGAAAUCCGGGACAGGAGGUCGGAUACGGACGCCCCGCCGGCUCCGAAAAAAGCCAAGCCCUCCGGCUCCGGGAUCGAGUUUCUCCUCGGGGAUCUGUGCAGCGUCCGGAGCAGCUCGGCGGGCUCAGCGCGCCAGCAAGCCGAGCAGGAGAUCGGCAGUUUUCAGACCAGCGAGGCUUCCUCCCUCUGCCAGGAGCCUCUGAACUGGUGGAAAGUCCAUCGGUCCCAGUAUCCCUUGCUGGCCAGGGCGGCGAGGAAGUUCCUGGCCGUCCCAGCGACCGCCGUCCCAGCGGAUUGGGUGUUCACGGACAAAGGGGGCGGGGUCUACCGGAAGAGGGCGGGGCUGUCUCCAGAAGACGUCGACUUGAUGGUUUUCCUGCACGGCAACAAUUAUGUCGAAUUUCAUGGCGAUAGUAAUAAUAAUAAUAAUAAUAAUAAUAAUAAUACUGUUAAUAAUGUCAAUAGCACCAAGAAGGACUGAAAUGAACUUUUAAAAUCCAUUCUCUCGCCUCUUAUUAGCUUUAUUAACAGGAUCACUGGCCCCUCCCUUUAAAGGAGCGCUGACCAUCUUUAAAAUCCAUUCUCUCACCUCUUAUUAGCUUUAUUAACAGGAUCACUGGCCCCUCCCUUUAAAGGAGCGCUGACCAUAUUUAAAAUCCAUUCUCUCGCCUCUUAUUAGCUUUAUUAACAGGAUCACUGACCCCUCCCUUUAAAGGAGCGCUGACCAUCUUUAAAAUCCAUUCUCUCACCUCUUAUUAGCUUUAUUAACAGGAUCACUGGCCCCUCCCUUUAAAGGAGCGCUGACCAUCUUUAAAAUCCAUUCUCUCACCUCUUAUUAGCUUUAUUAACAGGAUCACCGGCCCCUCCCUUUAAAGGAGCACUGACCAUCUUUCAAAUCCAUUCUCUCACCUCUUAUUAGCUUUAUUAUCAGGAUCACUGGCCCCUCCCUUUAAAGGAGCGCUGACCAUCUUUAAAAUCCAUUCUCUCACCUCUUAUUAGCUUUAUUAACAGGAUCACUGGCCCCUCCCUUUAAAGGAGCGCUGACCAUCUUUAAAAUCCAUUCUCUCGCCUCUUAUUAGCUUUAUUAACACUGUUAAAU